UGUCUUAGGAGCCUUGAAAACUCCUAACAUCAGUGACCCUAUCAUGUAUCGUUCCAUUUGACGAUUAAUAAAGAGUGUUCUAUUUUGUUCACCAAUAUGUACUAUACUAUGUAUUUUGUUUCAUUCUAUUUGGGUUUAGGGUUUAUACUUGGGUUUAGGGUUUAUACUUAGGUUUAGGGUUUAUACUUGGGUUUAGGGUUUAGUGAUUUAAAUUUAGGGUUUAGUAUUUGGAAGGUAGGGGUUGAGGUUUGGGUUUAGUGAUAGCCAUAGUAUUUAGGAGUUGGGAUAGUGUUUAGUAUUUAAAGAUUAUGGAUGUGGUUUUAGUAUUUCUAUAAUACUUAGUGAUUAGGGUGAUUAGUGACUAGAAUUUAGGAUUUAGUAUUUAGAAGGUGAGGGGGUAUGGUUGGGGUCAGCGUUAACUUCUUUCAUGCAAUCAUAGACAUUUUAUAGUUUCACCAAUAUGUACUAUGUUAUUUAUUUUGUUCCAUUCUAUUUGGGUUUUGUGUUUAUAUUUGAAUUUUGGUUUAUAGGUUCUUGCCUAGGGUUUAGAUUUACUAAGUAAAUGUUUGGGUAUAGUAAACCAUAUUAUAUACAUUCUAUUUGGGUUUAUACUUCCUUGAUUAGGGUUUAGCUUAAUCUAUUUAUUUAGGUUUAGCGUUUAGGGUAUAUUUGGAUUAGGGUUUAGUGACUGGAAUUUAGGGUUUAGUAUUUAGAAGGUGAGGAGUAUGGUUGGGUCAACACUAACUUCUUUCAUGCAAUCAUAGAUAUUUUAUAGUUUCACCAAUAUGUACUAUGUUAUUUAUUUUGUUCCAUUCUAUUUGGGUUUUGUGUUUAUAUUUGGGUUUAGGGUUUAUAUUUGAGUUAGGGUUUAGUGAUUAGAGUUUAGGAUUUAGUAUUUGGAAAUUUAUGUUUUUUUGGGUUUAGGGUUUAUACACUUUUUAUUUUUUUUUUAAAUUAUGUUUCUAUCCGCUCAUUCUACUUUAUAUAGUAAAUAAAUAUGUUAUAAGUAAAUUUGUGACAUGAGCUCUUUUACGUGAUGUGUUUGUAAAUAAUAGUGAUUCAUUAUUGACCAGCAAUAAGAAAAUUUUGGGUGGAUUAAAUUGGUACGUGGCUGCAUGUGUUUCUAUCAAAUAAAGUAGUAUUUAAUUUAAUCUUUACCCUAUGUUAUUUUGACCAAGUCAUAUCUACCAAUACAAUAUUACCGGAUGAUUAAUGGAAGAAGGGGCAGAACCGGAUAAUAAUUGGCAUAAAUGAUAGAUAUUACAUUACGUCAAAAUCAAUGCUACUCACUUAAUUUUGAUGCCAAAGUUGGUUAUUCAGCAAAUUGACCCAAGUAAAAACAACUCAAAAAGAGAGAGAAAAAAAAAGAAUUACACGAAUCUAAUUUUAAAUUCGAAUUGUAAGCGUACGACGACGUUUAUGUCAACUGUCUGUCUGUGAGUGCGUCGUCACCUUCCUUAUUACCAAAUAAACCCUUUUCUCCCUUCUCAGACAAACAGAGGUUUAAGGGUUUUUCUCUCUUAGGGUUUCCCCCGUCGAUCUCAAUUCGCAAAAUCUCUUUCUCAAUUGAUGCGACUUCUGCAUCUACUUCUCGCAUACCCAUAUACAAACCAAUCUCGGCAAUGACCAUGGAAGCUCGAGUCGGCGUAGUGGUGGAAGGAGGACAGAGGGCUCUCCACACAGCCACCGCCGUGAAUAACACCGUCGUAGACGCCGGAAACAGGAAGCUUUUACAGCAGCAACCUCAAACCUGCCAACAACAACAACAGAGUAAUAAACCGUCGCUGAAUCAGAAACAGGGCGGAUCCAUCUCGCAUCUCGUCGCCGGAGGAAUCUCCGGGGCCUUCGCUAAGACGUGCACCGCUCCUCUCGCUCGUCUCACCAUCUUGUUCCAGAUACAAGGGAUGCAAUCGGAGACUGCGAUUUUGAGCAGUCCGAGUAUUUGGCGUGAAGCGUCUCGUAUUGUAAACGAGGAAGGUUUUAGAGCUUUCUGGAAAGGAAACUUGGUUACUGUUGCUCACAGGCUUCCCUAUUCUGCUGUCAACUUCUACGCUUAUGAAGAGUACAAUACUCUUUUUUACUCGAAUCCAGUACUGAAGAGGUUUAAAGGAAAUGCAAGUUUGGAUGUUUUAGUGCAUUUUGUAAGUGGUGGCUUAGCUGGAAUGACAGCUGCUUCAGCUACUUACCCUCUUGAUCUUGUAAGGACACGGCUUUCUGCUCAGAGAAGCUCAAUGUAUUAUCAGGGAGUUGGGCAUGCUUUCCGUACCAUUAUCAGAGAAGAAGGAUUUUGGGGUCUAUAUAAAGGACUUGGUGCUACUUUGUUGGGUGUUGGUCCAAGCCUUGCCAUCAGCUUCUCAGCAUAUAACUCUCUGAAAACAUCAUGGCUAUCUCAUAGGCCUAGUGAUUCAGAAGUUAUGGUUAGUCUUAGCUGUGGCAGUCUCUCUGGAAUUGCUUCCUCAACAGCGACGUUCCCGGUGGACCUGGUGAGAAGAAGGAUGCAGUUGGAAGGAGCUGGUGGGCGAGCGCGAGUUUAUAAAACGGGGCUCCUUGGAACAUUCAAACAUAUAUUUAAGGCAGAAGGCAUGAGGGGGCUAUACAGAGGAAUCUUACCAGAGUACUACAAAGUGGCUCCUGGUGUUGGCAUUGCCUUCAUGGCAUAUGAGAAACUGAAGAAACUCUUAUCCUCUGCUCCCAAUUAAUAGUCUCAUGUGCUCUAGUGGUGUAAGCUGCUUUACAGAGUUUGGAGAAGAAGAAACAGAUAGUCUUUGGUGGUAGUUUUUUACUUUCCAGUGUAUAGUAGAUGCAGUUUAAGGUGUUAGGUUACAGUUUCUUCCUCCAUUAGCAUCCCUCGAGAUAUCAAUUUUGCCUUGUUCUAGGGGCUCUUAAGAUUAAGCCAAGCUCUAUGCUCGUUUAUGAAUCCUUAAUAUAUGUUCCAUUUGAA